ACAAGGGAUUUCAAUAUUUCAUUAUCUCUCUCCAAAAAAACGCCUUUUUCUUCCUUUUUUUUGUUCUUUUAAGGGUUUCCUCUGUGUUUUAAACACAAACCCAUUCAUCAAUCUUCUUCAUAGCUCUCUCUCUCAAAAAAACCCCACUUUUCUUUUUACCUUUCAAAGGGGGAAAAAAAUGUCUACUUCUUCUUCUUCUUCUUCUUCUUCUUCUUCUUCUUCUUCUUCUUCUGUACUUUCUGACCAACCACCAAACAUUCUGACAGCUACUGCUUCACUUAAAGCCCCUCUGAUCUCCGAAACCCCAGCAGGAAACAACCUCUGUCCCGUUCUCACAGAGGCAAAAUGCAUUUCCGCCAUCGCACUUCCGAUGAUUCUUGUCGGAUUUCUGAUGUACUGUCGUUCCCUGGUUUCCAUGCUGUUCCUCGGCCGGUUGGGCGGGCUGUCGCUGGCCGGUGGUUCGCUGGCAAUUGGGUUCGCUAAUAUCACUGGCUACUCUGUUCUCUCUGGCCUGGCCAUGGGCAUGGAGCCCAUUUGCGGUCAAGCUUUUGGGGCUAAAAGAUUCAAACUUUUAGGCCUCGCCCUUCAAAGAACAGUCAUUCUCCUCCUUUUUUCUUCAAUACCCAUUUCGUUUUUGUGGCUCAAUAUGAAAAGAAUUUUGAUCUUUUGCGGCCAAAACGACGAUAUUGCCAAUGAAGCUCAAUCCUACAUCCUCUGUUCUCUCCCCGAUUUGAUCGCUCUGUCUUUUCUCCACCCUCUUCGAAUUUACCUCCGUAGCCAAUCCAUUAAUCUCCCUCUCACUUACUGCGCCGGAUUGGCAAUUAUCUUCCACAUCCCCAUCAAUUACCUCCUCGUCUCUGUUUUCAAUUUGGGAAUUUACGGCGUCGCCUUGGGGGCCGUGUGGACGAAUUUCAACCUCGUCGGAUCGUUAAUCGUCUUCAUUGUCAUCUCUGGCGUGUACGAGAAAACCUGGCCCGGAAUCUCGUCGGAGUGUUUUAAAGGCUGGAAAUCGCUUCUGGGUCUCGCGAUUCCCAGCUGCGUUUCGGUUUGUUUGGAGUGGUGGUGGUACGAAAUCAUGAUUUUGCUCAGUGGGUUCAUGAUCAAUCCUCAAUCCACGGUGGCCUCGAUGGGGAUUUUGAUUCAGACCACAGCUUUAAUCUACAUUUUCCCAUCGUCUCUAAGCUUUGGAGUUUCGACCAGAGUGGGGAACGAACUCGGCGCGGACCGUCCAGAAAAGGCAAAAUUCGCCGCCAUUGUUGGGCUCUGUUUCAGCUUCUUCUUCGGCCUCUCCGCAUUGCUAUUCGCCUUCACGGUCCGCGAAACUUGGGCCACAAUGUUCACAAAAGACACAAAAAUCAUCGAAUUGACCUCUUUGGUUCUCCCAAUUAUAGGGCUGUGCGAGCUGGGGAACUGCCCGCAGACGACGAGCUGCGGAGUUUUG